AUGCUAGAGAAGCUUAGUUAGAAGAUAAGCGGCAAUACAACAUCAAAAAGUGAUGCUUGUGAAAUAUGUGGAAAACAAUUUGAUUGGUACGAUUCAUUAUCUAGCACUAGGAAAACCAAGUAGAAUUAGUGUAAGCGAUGCUAUAGAGGUGUUUGCUCAAAUUGUAGUCAAGACAAAGCUAUUAUAAUUACUCAUGAUGCAAAAACUCCACAUAGAAUAUGCAAAAUUUGUAAGGACGAUUAGUAGCAACAAAAGUAAAUAGUAGAAGGAGAGAAUUGCAAAGUUGGAUAAUUAUCUAACGUAGGUAGAAGAUGGGUAUCUAUAAUUUUUGGGGACAAGUAAUUUUUGAUUAUAGCUAGAAUUGAAAUCAAAAAGAUUUAAGAAGAAUAUUAAAAAGCAUUACCGAGUUUUGUUUCCAAUUCUAAUUAUGAAAUUAAAUAGUAAAUUUAAACAAAUCUGUUAAGAAUCUUUAAGGAAGUAUGAAAAUUAAUAUGCUUUUUAGAACAGAUAAUCAUUAAAUUAUUCUUUAGCUGAUUGGCAUUAUCGUUGUUGUGCAAAUGAAUAAGACAACAUACUUGUACAAAAAAUAAGCAAUAUUUUAACAUGCUUUUUCUAAUCUAAACCCGUUAGACUGACAAAAGGCUUAGUCUUUUUGACAACAUAUAUUUUAUAUUUUUGCGAUGAGCCUAUUUCUUUAAAAGUGCUGUAAUUUUUCCAUGAAAAAAUUAUACCUCCAAGAAUACAAUAUCAUAAAUUAGAGUAGGAUGAAACUAAACCAAUUUUAGGUGAAGUUGAUCUUUUGCUAGAAAUGGUUAAUGAAUCAAGUAAAAUGGAAAAGUCAGUUCAACAAAAAAUUAAAACGAUUUUAGAAUCAUAUUCUACUUAAAUGUUAACAACUUUUAUGAUCAAUUCAUUUGAAUUUUAUCUUGGCUUUUUCAUAUUUAAUUAAUUAGUCAUCAAUCAUAAUGUAAUCUAUAAAUGAUUAAUGUAGUUCUAAAUGAGUGAGAAAUUCUUAGCCUAUAUCUGCCGUGAUUAAUUCAAAGCAAUCUAAGAAGUAAAUGUCGAUGAAUUUCAGAGAUUGAUUCUUAGAAAUGUAUAAUUAGAUAAAUUUACUGCUUUCUUAUCUUAGGAAGAUGAGAAAAAAAUUAAAUAUAGGAAUUCUAUUGCAUAAAAAGAAUAAUAAUUAUAAUAAUAAUAAUAAUAAAAUAAUAAACUUGAUGACAAAGAAGUUGAAAAACUAUUUGAAGCUUUGAUUUAAUUGGUUGAUGAAGACCAAAGUAAUAAAUUAGAAUCCAUGUAAUCCGCAAGUAAAUUUGAUUGGAAUAAAACAUAAAUUAAAGAAUUAGUCAAAUCAAUUAAAAAAAAAAAUUCAGUUUUAUAAACUUAAACGCAUUUAGAAGAUUAAUUGAGAUAAUAUUAAGAAAAAAGCGCAGAGUAAUUGUAAUAGCAAAAAAUUGGAUAAGGAUUGAAUUAAACUGAAAUCGAAGAAAAAAAUUAAUUGAUAAAAUAAUUAUAAGACAAAAUUAGAUAACAACAAUAAUUAAUAUCAAACUAUAUAGAACAAACUAAAUUAUUAGAAGAAACACAUCAAUAAAGCAUGAAAAGCUAAGAAAGAGAAUAUUUAAAGAUGAUUGAAGAGUUAAAAAAUAAUACUAUUCUAAAAUCUAAUAAAGAAAGCUUUUAUGAAGAAAAAAUCUCUUCGCUUUAACUAGAGAUGGAACGAAAAAUAAAAGAGAAAGAAGAAUUCAUUAAAAGUAAAGAAGAACAAUAAGAAAAAGAGAUUUAUUUAAUUUCUGAAUAAUAUGAUAAAAUUAAAAAGGACUUAGAGAAUAAAGAUAUUUUGUAUAAAAAAUAAUAAAAAGAAUAGGAAAAUUUAUUUGAAUAAUAAUUAAAGCAAGAAUGUUAAAAAUAUGAAAAUACAAUAAAGACUUUGGAUGAAAAAUAUCAAUAAUAAAUAGAAAAUUUAGAAAAAUAAGUACUAGAAAUAAAUUAGAGCAAAAAGUAAAUAGAAUUGGAAACACAAGAAAAAAUAAAAAAUUUAGAGAAUCUACUUAAGAAUAAUUAAGAAGAAUCUUAAAACCUAUUGAGAAAAAACUAAGAAACAUAUGAGGGAAAAAUAGAAUAAAUGUAGAUGAAAUAAUAACAAGAACUAGAAGGAAUUCAAAACCGACUUUAUGAUUAAAACUAAAAAGAAAAUUAAAAUAAAGAACAUACAUACCAAUAAGAAAUAGAAUAGAUAAAUUAAGAUUAUAAAUAAUAAAUAAAUGAAAUUAGUUAGAAUUUCAAAGAAAUUAUAUAACAAAAAGAUGAUGUUAUAAAACAAUAAGGAUAGAAAGUACAAGAUUUAGAUGUAAAGCAUUAAGAAUAAUUACAAUCCUUAUUAGAAUAGCAUAGAUUAGAAUUAGAAUCAAAAGAGCAAUCAAUAAAAUUAUUAAAAGAAGAAUCCAGCUAAUAUUUCACAUAAGAAUUAUAGCAAAAAACAGAAUCAUAUGAAAAAUAGUUAGAAUAAAAAGAUUAAGAUUAUAAAUAAUAAAUAAACGAAAUUAGUUAGAAAUUAGAAUAAAUUAUAUUAUCAAAGGAUGACUUAAUACAAUAAUAAGAAUAGAAAAUACAAGAUUUAGCUUUGCAAUAUUAGGAAUAAGUAAAAACUUUACUAGAAUAGCAUAAUAAUUAAUUACAAUAAAAAGAUGAGACAUGGUAGAAAUAAUUAGAAUAAAAAGACUAGGAUUAUAAAUAAUAAAUAAAUGAAAUUAAUUCAAAUUUUAAGGAAGUCCUAGAACAGAAAGAUGAAAGUAUUAAAUAAAUAGAAUAGAAAAUUUAAGAUUUAAAUUUAAAUCAUGAAUCUUAACUAAAAUCUUUAUAAGAAUAACAUAAAUUAGAAUUAGAAUCAAAGGAUUAGUCAAUAAAGCUAUUAAAAGAAGAAUCAAGCUAGUAUUUCACACAAGAAUUAUAACAAAAAACAGAUUCUUAUGAAAAAUAAUUAGAAUAAAAAGAGUCGGAUCAUAAAUAAUAAUUAAAUGAGAUCAGUUAGAAUUUUAAAGAAAUUAUAUCCUAAAAAGAUGAUUAAAUAAAAUAAUAAGAAUAGAAAAUAAAAGAUAUAGACUUACAUCAUUAAUAAUAAUUAAAAUCUUUGGAGGAAGAACAUAAAAAUUAAUUAUAAUAUAAAGAUGAGUCAAAUUAAAAAUCAUUAGAACAAAAAGAUGCGGAAUAUAAAGAAUAAAUAAAUCAAAUUAAUUAGAAUUUCAAAGAAAUUCUUUAAUAGAAAGAUGACUCCCUAAAACAAUAAGAAUUGAAAAUACAAGAUUAAGAUCUGAAUCAUUAAUAAAAAAUAAAAUCUUUAGAAGAAUAACAUAAAAUUAAAUUACAAUAAAAUGAUGAAGAAUAUUAAAAAUUAUUAGAAUAAAGGGAUUAGGAUAAUAUAUAAUAAAUAAAUGAAAUUAGUUAAAAUUUCAAAGAAAUCCUUGAGAAGAAAGAUGAAAGUAUCAAAUAAUUAGAAUAGAAAAUACUCGAUUAAGAUUCAAAACAUUAAGAAUAAUAAAAAUCCUUAGAAGAAUAACAUAAAGUAGAAUUAGAAUCAAAAGAUUAAUCAAUAAAAUUGUUAAAAGAAGAAUCAAGUUAAUACUUCACAUAAGAAUUGCAAUAAAAAGAUGAAGCAUAUUAAAAAUAAAUAGAAUAAAAAGAAUAAGAUCAUAUAGCAGCAGUAAAUGAUAUUAGUUAGAAAUUUAAAGAGACUUUGUCAUAAAAGGAUGAAUAAAUAAAAUAAAAGGAAGAGAAGAUUUAUAAUUUGGAUUUGCAUCAUUCGGAAUAAGUAAACUCUUUAAAAGAGGAGCAUAAUAAUUUAUUAUAAUAAAAAGAUGAAACAUAUUAAAAACAAUUAGAACAAAAUGACUAGGAUCAUAAAUAGUAAAUAAACGAAAUUAAUUAGAAUUUCAAAGAAAUCCUAGAACAGAAGGAUGAAAGUAUUAAAUAAUACGAUCAGAAAAUACAUGAUUAAGAUUAAAAAUAUUAAGAUUAAUUACAAUCCUUAUUAGAAUAGCAUAGAUUAGAAUUAGAAUCAAAAGAACAAUCAAUAAAAUUAUUAAAAGAAGAAUCCAGCUAAUAUUUCACAUAAGAAUUAUAGCAAAAAACAGAAUCAUAUGAAAAAUAGUUAGAAUAAAAAGAUUAAGAUUAUAAAUAAUAAAUAAACGAAAUUAGUUAGAAAUUAGAAUAAAUUAUAUUAUCAAAGGAUGACUUAAUAAAAUAAUAAGAAUAGAAAAUACAAGAUUUAGAUUUGCAAUAUUCGGAAUAAGUAAAAUCUUUAAAAGAGGAGCAUAAUAAUUUAUUAUAAUAAAAAGAUGAAACAUAUUAAAAGCAAUUAGAACAAAAUGACUAGGAUCAUAAAUAGUAAAUAAACGAAAUUAACUAGAAUUUCAAAGAAAUCCUAGAAUAGAAAGAUGAAAGUAUUAAAUAAAUAGAAUAGAAAAUACACGAUUAAAAUUAAAAACAUUAAGAAUAAUUACAAUCUUUAUUAGAAUAGCAUAGAUUAUAAUUAGAAUCAAAAGAAUAAUCAAUAAAACUAUUAAAAGAAGAAUCCAGUUAAUAUUUCACACAAGAGUUGUAACAAAAAGAUGAAACUUAUUAAAAAUAAUUAGAAUAAAGAGACUAAACCCAUAAAUAAGAAAUAAACGAAAUUAAUUAGAAAUUUUAAGAAUCUAUAUUAUAAAAGGAUGAUUUAAUAAAAUAAUAAGAAUUGAAAAUACAAGAUUAAGAACUGAAUCAUUAAUAAAAAAUAAAAUCUUUAGAAGAAUAACAUAAAAUUAAAUUACAAUAAAAUGAUGAAGAAUACUAAAAAUUAUUAGAAUAAAGGGAUUAGGAGAAUAUAUAAUAAAUAAAUGAAAUUAGUUAAAAUUUCAAAGAAAUCCUUGAGAAGAAAGAUGAAAGUAUCAAAUAAUUAGAAUAGAAAAUACUCGAUUAGGAUUCAAAACAUUAAGAAUAAUAAAAAUCCUUAGAAGAAUAACAUAAAGUAGAAUUAGGAUCAAAAGAUUAAUCAAUAAAAUUGUUAAAAGAAGAAUCAAGUUAAUACUUCACAUAAGAAUUGCAAUAAAAAGAUGAAGCAUAUUAAAAAUAAAUAGAAUAAAAAGAAUAAGAUCAUAAAUAAUAGAUAAAUGAAAUUAGUUAGAGUUUCAAAGAAAUUAUAUAACAAAAAGAUGAUUCCUUAAAACAAUAGGAAUAGAAAAUACAAGAAUUAGAUUUAAAUCAUUAAGAAUAACUAAGAUCUAUAUCUGAAUAGCAUAGGUUAGAAUUAGAAUCAAAAGAAUAAUCAAUAAAAUUAUUAAAGGAAGAAUCAAGCUAAUAUUUCACACAAGAAUUAUAACAAAAAACAGAAUCAUAUGUAAAAUAGUUAGAAUAAAAAGAUUAAGAUUAUAAAUAAUAAAUAAACGAAAUUAAUUAGAAUUUCAAAGAAGUCCUAGAUCAGAAAGAUUAAAGCAUUAAAUAAUAAGAAUAGAUAAUGCACGAUUCAGAUUAAAAACAUUAAGAAUAAUUGAAAUCCUUAUUAGAAUAGCAUAAAUUAGAAUUAGAGUCAAAAGAAUCAUCAAUAACAUUAUUAAAAGAAGAAUCCAGUUAAUAUUUUGCUUAAGAGUUGAAAGAAAAAUAUGAAACAUAUUAAAAGUAAUUAGAAUAAAAAGAAUAGGAUCACAAACAACAAAUUGAUGAACUUAAUUAGAAUUUCAAAGAAACUAUAUCAUAAAAAGAAGAUUAAAUAAAAUAAUAAGAAUAGAAAAUACAUGAUUUAGAUUUAUAUCAUUAAUAAUAAUUAAAAUCCUUAGAAGAAUAAUAUAAAAAUGAAUUAUCAUAAAAAGAUCAAGAUUUAAAAUAAUAAAUAAAUGAAAUUUAAGUUAAUUAUUAAAAUCAAAUUUCAAAUGUUUCCCAAAAACUUUAAGAAGAACUCAUUUAAAAUGAUCACUUAUCAAAUUAAAUUUCAUUGCUUCAAUAGAAUUAUGAUAAACAAUUGCUAUAAAAAGACGAUGAAUAUAAAAAUCUAAUUCUAGAAAUAAGUGAGAAUCAUCUGAGGUAACUAUAAAACAUUAAUCCUACCUCUUAGGCUGAGAAUAAACAAAAUGAACCUAACAAUAGCUAGCUUUAAUAGUAAUAUAAUCUAUAGAUACAAUAAAAGGAUGAAUAAAUCUUAAAUUUAACCUUAGAAAAUGAGCAAUUAAAAUAGUAGAUUGCUACAGAAAAUGAAAUGACUGCAUAAUAAUAAAAGCCUAAUAUCGAAGAUGAUUUGAAUUAGCAAAAAGAAUAAUCACCAAAUUAAAAUUACUAGCUUACUAAUAAAGAUAAUUAAUAAUUGUUAGAAGAAAAUUUGAAAUCUUUGAUAAAUGAAUAAAAUUAGUAAAUAACAGAAUUAAAGUAAAAGGAUAAUGAUAAUUAAAAUAUUAUAGAAUCUCUUAAACAAAAUUUUGAAUUACAAUAGUAAGAACUAUAGAGUAAAUAUUAAGGUUAAAUUGAUGCAUGCAUGAAAGAUAAUGAAGAUGAAAAAGAUAAAAUGUAGAAUUAAUUUAAUAAAGUCCAAAAUGAAUUAGAAGAAAAAUAUAAGUUGGAAAUAUUUGAACUUCUUGAAACUAUAUCGAAAUUAAGAUUUUAGAUAUAAGAUAUUGAAUCUAAAUUGUAAAAUACAAAUGCUGAAUUAUUUUCACAGUAGACUAAAUUAAAAUAAAUAAUUUAAUUGCAGUUUGAAGAAUAAUUAAAGAAGUAGGCAUCAGAAAGAGACGAAAUAAUUUAAAAUUUCGAGAAAUUAAGAAAUUAAUAUAAUGAGACUCUUCAAUUGAACUAACAAAAAGAUUAAGAAAUAUUAGAAUAAAAAUAAUUUAUAGAGGAUUUGAAGAAGAAUAUUGAUGAAACCAAUCAAUUAUUGACUUAGUAAAAUUUAUAAACAGAGAACUUAAAUCAACAUAUAAAAGUCUUAAAUAAUUAAAUAUAAGGUUUGAAAAGGAAAAAUUUUGAUUAAACUGGCUUAACCUAAAAUACUGCAAAAGAGAUGCAAGAUAAUAUUUUACAAUUAAGAAAUUAACUAAUUCUAAAGGAGAGUGAAAUAUACUCAUUGAGAUUGCAAUUUAUUGAUGCAAAUUCUUAAAGGCUUAAUUAUUUUUAUUAAGUAUAGAAUUAUAUUAAAGAGAUGAAAUUAAUGUCUGAAAAGCUAUAAACUUAUGAUCAAAGUGAUGUAUAAUAAAUAACUUCAUAUUAUGAAGAAAAAAUUAAAUUAUUAGAUUAAAAUUAUGAAGAAUAAAUGAAUAGAUUAUUUUAGUAACUUAAAUAGAACUAAGAUAAAGAACAAAAUGUUUAGUCUUAAUCAUCUUUGCAAGCCUAAAAAGUAAAUACUUAAUAAGCCGGCUCUUCUUAAUUAAAGGAUACCAAAAUUGCAGGUAGAGUUUAAAUGCUAGAAAUUUAAUAGGAAGCAAAAAAUGAGUAACCAGAAGAUUGUACAGUUUUUUGAUCUGAUCAAUUAGG